GACGUCACCUUAAGGUUGUCCGUGCGGUCGGUCGGGGUCAUGGCGUCGCCGGGCUCGGUGCUCCGGGCGCUUCUCACCCGCUGGAGGUCGUACAAGUAUCGCUUUGUCCCCUGGGUGGCGCUCAACCUGGCUCGUAACCGCAGGACGCUGCGCCAUGUGACCUCCGGCGGCCGGGAUAAGGUGGCGGCUGACGCCGAGGUCUGCUCCUCGAUGGUCGCCUUCUUCCAGGCGCUGUUCACAUCUGAUAUCGGCCACCAGAGGGAGCUGCUGGACCUGCUACCCGCCAGCACCCGCGCCAUGUACCCUGCAGCGCCCGACGCCAGCGAGCAGGCGGUUGACGUCAUGUACAAGUGUCUGGGGUUCUCCAUCGAUCGGCGCCUGAGUUCUCUGGACGCUGCAGGGACCGGGGUGUUUGUCUCCAAAGGGUUGGUGCCUAAAGGAGCCUUAGUGUCAAUGUAUCCCGGAGCCGUCUACCAGUGUCACGAGCCCAUCUUUUUUCAGUCGAUUGGGAAUCCGUUUAUCUUCCGGUGCCUCGAUGGAAUUCUCAUUGAUGGCAACGACAGAGGAAUCUCCAAAUCUGUGUACAGGUCGUGCAGCGGAAGAGACCGGCUUGGACCCCUGGAGAUGUGUGACUGCACCUGGCUGGACAGCGCACCCCGAAAUCCGCUCGCUGUGGGGCAGUACGUUAAUAACUGCUCUAACGAGCGUGCAGCCAAUGUCUGCUAUCAGGAGUUUGACGUCCCGCCGUCUUUCCCUGUCGAGCUGCGGCAGUACAUCCCCAAUAUCCGCUACUCCUAUGAUGUGGACGGGCCGCUGCGCUGUGUGGUUCUCGUCGCGCUUAGAGACAUUCGCUGCGGUGAAGAGCUUUUCUCCAACUACUUUACGCUUGUCGAGUAAGAGCGCGUCACAGGGCGGACUGCCGUGGAAAAGCUUCAAAACUGUACAAAAAUUCAGUGGUUCCCGGACCCAAAAGGGAAGAUUGGAGUUGACUGAAGAGCGCUGGGAACAAUUUUUACAUGCUAAGAACACGCUGGAUAAAAUACUAUAUUAUUUUUUUUUUUUUAAGCAUUUAAAAAGAACUAAAUGCAUAUAUUUAUUUUGCAAAUCUUGCAAUUAAAGGAGUCGGACCGCCAGCCUACAGUAUGCAACGGGGAAAGUGGAGGAAUUGCUCAGGGCAACCAAUAAGACUAAUGCCAGCGAGUCACCACGUUUUAAGAAAUGUCCGUGGUUAGCGGUGUUAUUUUGUCACUCGUGUUACAUUUAUAAUACAACAGCUUUAUUUCUCA